UACAUCGCCAAUUGGAGCGCCUGUAAGCAGCAAGUUAAAUUUCACGCGAUUUUCAGGUUCUAUAAAACUACUAAAAGGAAACCAACGUAUAAUUGGAGCUCAGAGACCCAGGAGUCGUUGAUUACAUAGCAUCAUGGGCAAGGAGAAGAUUCAUAUUAACAUCGUUGUAAUUGGCCAUGUCGAUUCGGGAAAAUCGACUACCACCGGCCAUUUGAUUUACAAAUGCGGCGGCAUCGAUAAGCGUACAAUUGAGAAGUUCGAGAAGGAGGCCCAGGAGAUGGGCAAGGGCUCGUUCAAGUACGCCUGGGUGCUGGACAAACUGAAGGCUGAGCGCGAGCGCGGCAUUACCAUCGAUAUUGCGCUCUGGAAAUUUGAGACGGCCAAGUAUUAUGUGACCAUCAUUGAUGCGCCCGGUCAUCGAGAUUUCAUCAAGAACAUGAUUACCGGCACCUCGCAAGCCGAUUGUGCUGUGCUAAUUGUUGCCGCUGGCACCGGCGAAUUUGAGGCCGGCAUCUCAAAGAAUGGCCAGACGCGUGAGCAUGCGCUGUUGGCCUUUACGCUGGGCGUCAAGCAGCUCAUUGUGGGCGUUAACAAGAUGGAUUCCACGGAGCCGCCGUACAGCGAGACACGCUAUGAAGAGAUCAAAAAGGAGGUCUCCUCGUACAUCAAGAAGAUCGGGUAUAAUCCGGCGUCAGUCGCUUUUGUGCCCAUUUCUGGCUGGCAUGGCGACAACAUGCUCGAGCCAUCCGAAAAGAUGCCCUGGUUCAAGGGCUGGACCGUCGAACGCAAAGAGGGAAAAACGGAGGGCAAGUGCUUGAUUGACGCGCUGGACGCGAUUAUGCCGCCCCAGCGGCCCACUGACAAGCCGUUGCGUCUGCCUCUGCAGGAUGUCUACAAGAUUGGUGGCAUCGGCACAGUGCCAGUCGGUCGUGUGGAGACGGGUAUUCUCAAGCCAGGCAUGGUGGUAAAUUUCGCUCCCGUUAAUUUGGUCACUGAGGUCAAGUCGGUUGAGAUGCAUCACGAGGCACUGACCGAGGCCAUGCCAGGCGACAAUGUAGGCUUCAAUGUAAAGAACGUUUCGGUAAAGGAGUUGCGUCGCGGCUACGUGGCCGGAGAUUCGAAGAACAAUCCUCCACGUGGUGCUGCCGAUUUUACUGCUCAGGUAAUUGUUCUCAAUCAUCCUGGGCAAAUUGCUAAUGGGUAUACCCCUGUGCUGGAUUGCCAUACGGCACAUAUUGCUUGCAAGUUUGCCGAGAUCAAGGAGAAGUGCGAUCGCCGUACUGGCAAGACCACCGAGACCGAACCGAAGGCCAUCAAAUCGGGCGAUGCGGCCAUCAUAGUGCUGGUUCCAUCCAAGCCUCUAUGCGUUGAAAGCUUCCAAGAAUUUCCGCCGCUGGGUCGGUUUGCAGUGCGCGAUAUGCGUCAGACUGUUGCGGUCGGUGUCAUCAAAUCGGUGAACUUUAAAGAAACGACCUCGGGCAAAGUAACAAAAGCAGCUGAGAAGGCGCAGAAGAAGAAAUAACUAGGGUGUCUGCAGACUUGUAAUUCAAAUAACAACAAAAACAACAACACUCAAACACUCGAAAAGCAAAUGGCAAGAGCAACAACACACUUAAAAUUUAUAGUAUCUAUUAAUCAUAGACGAUCAAAACCGAAUCAGGGGCUAAACACAAAGUCCGUGGCGUAUCAAACACCAUCAUUAACUACAACUAUUUACUGCUGCAUUCAAAUAUUAUAUAAACUUGAGGAAAUAUUACAAUUUAUUAUAAACACACAUACAAUUUGCGAGGGUAUAUGUACGCCAACAAUAAUGGGUCGACCUCUAGGCACAUCCACCAUCCACCUCACGCCAGCUGUACGAGAUGACGGCGAGGCGCCUGGAAACAUUGGUCGUCUGGAAUCAUUCCCGCAUGCGUACUCAAAAUCGGUCGCCAUCAUAUUCAUAAUCAUUAUAUACUAUAACUAUCUAAACUUGUUUCGCCACCGCAAAUCGUUUCGCAGGAAACAGUCUCGCAUUGAACAUAAUCAGAAUAUAAUCGCCACUGAAGUUUGCUGCUAGCCCAGCCCCCCACUUCGACCCCACUUGUCACUCAUUUAUCCAUCACAACAUAAUUUUAAACCAUUAAUCAUUAUUUCAAUCAAAGGAUUUUAAACACUUUUUAUACUUUUGAUAAGUCAGUCGGAGGCAUUCGAUUUAAAAUCUAUAUUAUAUAAAGCAAUUUCAGAAUUUAGUUAUAAACCACUCUGCAACUAACAAUACUUAAAAAAAAACCCAAGACUACAUUCGCAAUGAAUUCAAAAUUUUUCCCAAAAAAGAAAAAAAAGACAAAU